UCUUCAUCUGUUUUCUUGUUUCCGUUCCCAAGAGAAAACAAUGGCACUCGGAGACUUAUCUUCUUCUUCUUCUUCUUCUUCACCGGAGUUACAUGUUCUCGCCGUUGAUGAUAGUUUCGUUGAUCGUAAGGUUAUUGAGAGAUUGCUUAAGAUCUCUGCUUGUAAAGUAACGACUGUUGAGAGUGGGACUAGGGCUCUUCAGUAUCUUGGUUUAGAUGGAGACAAUGGAUCUUCUGGUCUUAAGGAUUUGAAGGUGAACUUGAUAGUGACAGAUUACUCAAUGCCGGGAUUAACAGGAUAUGAACUCCUCAAGAAGAUCAAAGAGUCUUCAGCAUUCAGAGAAAUACCAGUAGUGAUAAUGUCAUCUGAGAACAUACAACCUCGUAUAGAACAAUGUAUGAUAGAAGGAGCAGAGGAUUUCCUGCUAAAACCGGUGAAAUUAGCAGAUGUGAAGCGGUUAAAAGAACUUAUCAUGAGAGCGACUCUGUCUCAGCUUUCUUCUCUCUCUACCAUCUCCUCUUCAUUACCACUUUCUUCUAGAAGAUUCCCUCAUCGAUCUCUUCCUCAAUUCAUAGUCAAAGCAGAAGCAGAGAAAGAGAAACAGAGCACACAGGCCAAAUCUGAAGGGGAAGCAUCACCAGCUGCAACCAAAACCCCUAAAACACUUCCCAAGAAACCUGUUUACUCGAUGAAGAAGGGUCAAAUAGUUUGUGUGGACAAAGAGAAGUAUCUCAACAGCAUCAAUUACUUAUCAGUUGGACAUCCUCCUUUCUACAAAGGACUUGAUUACAUCUACGAAGAUCGCGGCGAGGUCUUGGACCUUCGUGUCUUUGAGACAGGGGAGUAUGCACUUGUUGGAUGGGUUGGUAUCCCCACCGCACCAGCUUGGCUACCAACAGAUAUGCUCAUCAAGUCAGAGAAACUUGUUUAUGAACGAAUAUGUCGCAAGAAUGGAAACCCCGAGGCAAUAUACCGUAAAGGACUUGUCGAUUACUUUCAUCGGAAUAGUUCUGAACGCCAACGAGACAAAGGACUCAAUCAUAUAGCAAAAGUUGCAAACAAGGGAAAUCAAGAAGAAGCACAAUAUGUUUAUGGAUUGAUCCUAAUUUGUCUUGGUGGCGAAACAAAACAAAAGGGUUUCAAGAUCUUGUCUUCUUUAAGAAAACCUUUGAUGUCAAGUACACUCGAGGAGAUGGAAAAACAUCGGAAAAAGAUCAGAGAUGAGAUGUGGUGGUGCGGCGAACCGAUGAUGAGACAUCUCAAAAGAAGCUAUGUUCGUGAGAACUGCAAUUGCGAUGGCCGAACCGAGAUGUUCUUUGUAAAGAAUAGUGGUUGGGAUCGUUAUGGUGAGCACAACGACAUGAUUACUUCUUCUGCUUGUGAGAUUUGUUUGUGGCAUCAUGAAGUCAAACUUUUCUUUGCUAAUAUUGAGGAAUGAUCUUUUGAUGUAUCUAAUAAAAGACUAAUAUUGGU